AUGGGUAGCUUUGGAUCACCCCCGCCAAUUGAUACAUUCCAGCUAUAUGAUCUCCGUGUUGAGGUCAUAUGCCCGCCUGGGGAACGUAUACUAUGUGGAGCGAAAGAGGGUGACCAUUUUAUCCUCGAAGGAGAAAUGCUUCAUCUCCCACCUGGACAAGGAUUCUCCAUUUAUUCGCUCAGUGCCGUUUUGCCGCUUCUAGCAGCUAAGCAGCGCGUCACUCACCCAAAUGAUUGGAUGAGCACGGAUGCAGAGGUUGCUUGUCCCGACCCAAAUUGCAAGUCUAGAUUGAGAAUCGUGAGGACUGGAGUUAGGACAUUCAGCCAUGCUGAAGUCACAGCUCUUCCCCUUGCACCCCUGGGCCACGGUCAGGCUGGUUCGGCGCUAGCGGGGGCCUGA